CCGCCCAGGAGCCAGCCUGACCAAUUCCAAUAUGGUGGCCAGCUUGGCAGGUCUACGUUUGCUGUUGAUGAUAUUGUUGAUGGUAUUGUUGUCGUGCGGGAUCCGGUUGGGCUUGUGCGGCCAGGCGACGCCGCCCGUCGUGCGCCUGCGCCCUGAAGACCCCGCGGGCCGUGUGUGUAUGAAAGGAGGGAUAAUCUCGGCGCCCCGCGGAGCUUCGUUCAAGCUGCGGGUCUUCGGCCCCGACCGGAGUAACCGGACCUGGCCGUGGCUGGCCUUCGCGCCCGAGGGGGCGCUCGGGGACCCAUGCGAGGACGAAGACAGACGGCGGCAGGCCGCCUUCCUGGUGAAGGAGCCCUUUGCGGCCGAAGAGGAUUGCAGCGGACUGCUGACGGUGGAGGUACACCCGGGGGGCGGCGGCGAGCAGCGGGACCUCCAUCAGAACCUGCAUCACGUGUGCAUGAAGAGCGGAGGCAAGUGGACCUCGGUGAGUGAGGACAAGCUGCGCGUCAGCUCGGACGAGCCUUUGCCCGCUGAGCACAUUCCUGCGUGGGGCCUGGCGGUGCUGGUGCCGAUGCUGGUUCUCGUCUGCGGGCUACUGAGGACGGUUCAGCUCAGCCUGCUGUGGCUCGACCCGGUCGAGCUUUACGUGCUGCACAGCUGCGGGUCCGAGGAGGAGAAGCGCGCCGCCAAGCGUCUGGAGCCUGUCAGGAGAAGAGGGAACUUUAUGGCGUGCUCGCUCCUUUUCCUGUCCGUCCUGGGUCACUCGGCCGUGGGGGUCCUGCUGUUCCGGGUGUUGGGUUCGGUGGCGUCGGCCGCCUUCGCCGCCGCCUUCAUGCUCUUCUUUCUGGCCGAGCUGCUGCCUCACGUGGUCUGCUCCGGCUAUGGCUUCCAGCUGGCUCCAGGGCUCACCUGGCUGGCCCAGGUGAGCAUGGUGCUCACCUGCCCGCUCUCUUGCCCCCUGGGUCUGGUCCUGGACCUGGCCCUGAGGCGUGACAUCAGCACCUGUUGCAUCCGCGAGCGAGCCAUGGAGAUGAUCCGCACCAGCGUCAACGACCCCUACAAUGAGUUUGUGAAGGAGAAAUUCAGCCGUGGGACGCUGCGCAGCAAGACGGUUGAGGAUAUCUUGACGCCCCUCAAGGACUGUUUCAUGCUGGCCAGCUCCACCAUUCUGGAUUUCUCCACCAUGUCGGACAUCAUGCAGAGCGGCUACACGCGUGUGCCCAUCUAUGAAGAGGAGAGGUCCAACAUUGUGGAGAUCCUGUACGUGAAGGACUUGGCACUGGUGGAUCCUGACGACUGCACGCCCAUGACCACCAUCACCAAGUUCUACAACCAUCCGCUGCACUUUGUCUUCAACGACACCAAGCUGGACGCCAUGUUGGAGGAGUUCAAGAAUGGCAACUCUCACAUGGCCAUCGUGCAGAAGGUGAACAAUGAGGGCGAGGGUGACCCCUUCUACGAGGUUCUGGGAUUGGUCACCCUGGAGGACGUCAUCGAGGAGAUCAUCAAGUCGGAAAUCCUGGACGAGUCCGAUGGUUACCUGGACAGGAAGGUGAAGCGUCCUCUGCCCCCGCUGGAGAUCCCCGUGGUGCCUCGCGGGGCCCCCGAUGAGUUCUCGCUCUUCAAGAUGCCCGAAGGCGAGCCAAAGAUCCAGACGUCGCCGCAGCUGCUGCUCGCCACUCAUCGCUUCCUCUCCAGAGAGGUGGAGCACUUCAGCCCGGCGCGUGUGUCUGAGAAGAUCCUUUUCCACCUUCUGCGCCACCCCAGUGUCAACCAGGAGGUGCACUUUGACCCUAGCAAUCGCCUCAGCCCCGCCCACUAUCUGUACACCCGCAACCACCCGGUGGACUACUUCAUACUGCUGCUGCAGGGACGAGUGGAGGUGGAGAUCGGCAAAGAAGGACUCAAGUUUGACAACGGCGCCUUCACCUAUUACGGCGUGUCGGCACUCACACUGCCCUCCUCAGUGCAUCAGUCCCCGGUAUCGAGUCAGCGGCAAUCUCCCCGAGAUCCGUUUGACGCGGCCGAGGCGACCAGUCCGUCCAGUUACUGUCCGGACUACACGGUCCGAGCGCUCACCGAUCUGCAGCUCAUCCGGGUGACCCGACUGCAGUACCUGAACGCCCUGAUGGCGUCACAGGGCGGCGGCGGCCCUAGCCCAGACCCGCCGGAGAUCAAGAUACUUCCCAACAGUCAUACGAAACUGCUCAAUGACAGGAACGUGGCCUCGGCCGCUCAAGACUUGAACUUCUCUUUCUUUGACACCAUUGACAACUACUGCUAAGUGUGGCAGAUGGGACAGAAGACGACGACGACGAAGAAGGUGACGAGGCUCGUGCGCAGCGACAACCUCAAACGUUCAUCUGACUGGACAAGACUGGUCUCCAUUUCUCUUAUGUCAUUUUAAUUAUCAUUAUUAUUUUUCGUCAAGAUUAUUAUUAAUAUGUUUUAUAAACACUGUGUGUAGAUUUUUAUUAUUUGGUUUUGGUGAAUUGGGGCGGUGCCUUUCUUCCAAGUGCACCAUUGCCAUUGGUCACUUUUGCUGUUUGCGUGCCAAAUCGUGCGUGUGCGAGCAUCCGUCCGUUCAGACAGCGACGCAUGUCCUCCUUAGGCUGCAUGGUCACGUGACCGCUCGGGCUGGUUUCCGUGGUUACGCCAAGAGGUUGUUGAGGCUUUGGUGGAGCUCACUGCGGAAAGUUUUGCUUCACAAGAAUUUUCUUUGCCAAAUGUCUCACAGAAAAAACUGAUUCAAUCUUGAUCGACACUUAAAAAACAAUUGCAUUCCACAUUCAAGUUAGCCACGGUAGCUAGGUGGCGUCUCUUUAGUGGUUUUUGUUGAUAAAUUGAUGCUUUAGUUAUCUUUGUGACUUUUUCACUCAUCCUUAACUGGAACCCCAAACUAGCACCUUGAAUCUUGUCCUAUUGUCUUCAUGUGUGUGUGAGUGAGCAGCAUGCCAACUUGGAUGGAGAAGUAGCGCGCACACAUCGCUUAGUAAUUUUAUUUUAUGAUUUUUUUUUUGACCAGCUGACACUAGUUAUCAAAUGCAUGCAAAAACUUUAGCCAAAGCUCAUUUAGCUCAUCUACCUACCUGGAAGCUAAUAUGUCACUUGGAUGUUGUUUGAAUUUACUUGGCCAUUCCCUGAAACAUAAGCCGACACGCUAACUUUAGCUCCCUUGCCUUGGAGGUCAAUACUAAAAGGUACUAAGGCUAAGCUAAUGUUUGUCAUGCUGACAAUGCCUUUUGAGUCGACUUUUUGCGUUACUGGUUCAGCACACCCUAAACUCUGUGUUUUAAUUUGGGUAUUUAACAGGCUCAGUGCUAAACUAAAAUAAGCUAAACAAUGCUACGGUUGGACAAUCGAUGUUUGAGAGGGUGGAUUAGCCAAUUCAAUAAGAUUAUCUUUUGAGGGCUUUUGUUUUAGUAGUUUUAUGAAGAAGAGUAAUUAAAAGCCAAUAAAAAGCUCAGCGUUAUACUCUCGUUAGCGUGAUUAGCAACGGGCUAGUUAGCGAAGUAUCACGCAUGUUCUCUCUUUCCGUACGCGUGUCUGAUCAGUUGCUGUUAGAACUUGAUAUGCCGUCAUCUUCCAGCAGAGAAUCUUGUUUGAUUUCAAGAUUUGUUGAAAUAGUUUUACUAUUUUAAUAACGUGUUCCAUUUUUACAUUUUUUUGGUAUGAAAAUUGAAUGUAAAAAAAGAAAAAUGUCAAUGAGGAGUGUUCAUAAAUUAGAGAGUAGUAGACGAGGUUCAAGUUGUGGAAUCACUUCCUGUUUGUGUUACACUUUUAUAGUUUUAUCCGCAGCAGCGACGUUGGCUUUAAUACUUUCAAGUAUUCAAUUUUCCUAGGAAAUAAAGUCAAUCCUGUUCUAAAUA